AUGUCAUGUCAGCCAACGAAUCGAGCUCAAGAGGAUCCGUACGCAUUCACGGAAUCGUCCCCACUGCAGGCAAAUUCGAUUGUAUACGCUAACCAUUCGAGUACAGUUAGUACCACCGGUAGUGGUAGUACUCUCAACAGCAAUAGCUCCGGUGGCAAUAACAAUGGAAUCACGACAGCUACUACCCCGGCCGUUUCGUCCGGAGCUAGCCUGCUACUCGCGACGGCCACCACAGGCGGAGCUGCUGCAGCCAAGGAUAAAAAUGUACUCGUCUCGUCAUCUCCGACCACAUUGAAAGUACGUUACAAUGGUGUCGUGGCAACGCCGGCUGUGGCAGCCACGAGGACACCUGUCUCGAAGGCUCCAGUCAUUGCCGGGACCGCAUCUAUCGCUACAACGGUACCGGUGUUUUCGAAGCCGCUGCAAAUUAAGCAGCAGUCUCCGCAAGUGAAUCUUCAAGUACCGAUGCAGCCUACAGUAACCGUUGGCAAACUUAUAAAGAAGGUUCUACCGCAGCAGAAAUCUCCGAUGCUGACAACUGUCGUUGCAGGUGGUGCGAAAAUAAUAUCCCGUUUGCAGCAGCAGAAUCCAGGGGUAUCGGGGCAACAACUGCAACCCGUCAUAACGACCGCCGGGGGCUCUAUUCUGAAGUUCAUCAAAAUUCCACCAAACCAACUGCCCAAGGGGACGACUGCUGGUGCAGGCAUUCAACAGGGAACAUUUAUACAGGUCACCACAACCGGAGACGGCGGAAGGAAGCUACUGGCCAAUGGGAUUGCUAACCAUGGUGUAAACCCCACCAUCUCAGUGACUACCAGUGCCGCACCAAAGGUAGUGGGAGCGACAGCAACGGUCAAUCGCAAUACCACCGGCAUGACGGUCGUUCCGACGAUGCCGACAGUAUCGCCGACGAAAAUUCGUCUCAUACAGCCGCAGGCUCAGGGAAAGAUUUUUCUGCACACGCCCGGGAGCACUAGCUUAGCGACAACGACCCACAUUUCCAACCCGAUAAGUAUAGCGACUUUAAGGAACUCUCUCGUUAAGCAACAACAGCAACAAGUAACUCAACAAAAACCACCAAACCAACAACUGCAAUCUUUGCCUGUAAUCAUUCAACAGCAAGUGGCCCAGCUACCUCUGCUGCAGAAGCAACAGCUUUUGCAACAGCAGCAGCAGUCGCCGCAAUCGCUUCCGAACAAGCCCAUUCUGCAGCAGCCACAGCAACUUCAAUUGCAAAAGCAGUCUAUAUCUCAGCAAUCGAAGCAAAAAGUUAUAGCAAACUUGUCACCGCAUCAACCGACGGUGCAGAAUGCAUUACAAUCGCCGUCACAGGUGCAAGUACUGUCCAAAACACCCCAACAGCUGGUUGCGAAAGUGCAAUCGACACCGCCACAACAGCCGCUACAGAAACUGGAGAAUGUAGACAACAUGCAGAAGCUUAAGCAAAGUCAGCAUCCACAGCAGUCUCCAAUGCAGCAAAUAGUUCAGAAAACACCCGUUCCGCAGAACAGUAACAAACAGUCGCUUUUACUGCAACUCCACCAACAGCCGCAUUUAGUGUCUAAACAGCUACCAUCUCCUACAUCGCAAACCACCCCCAAACUACAACCACAGUCGCUAUUGCUGCAACCUCAGCGAAAACCGCAGCAGUCGACCCCAUCGCCAGGAAGCAAGCAGCAACGACCGGUAACACAGCAUCAGCCACUGAAAACCGCAAAUAUGCCCGCUCCUGUCUCGCUGCUCACUACACCCAUAUCGGUGGCAGCUGGUAAUGGGUCCCUGCUCAUAAAGACAAAUGAUACCUCCAACGCGAACGCAUCCGCGACGGAAAAUGUUUCGACUAACGUAAAACCGGUUGCAGUUGAAAGUGGCCGGAGGAUGUCGAACCAACCGAGCCUGCUUGUGGCGUCAGAUGGGGAAAUUCCGCCGAAACCAUGCUCCACGCAGCGGGAUCCAUCUCCCGUUGGGAACAGUGUCGACAAAGUGAAUCAAGCUGCGCUUGCUCUAUUGGGACGCAAAAGUAUGCCGGUCAUAGCGAAAAAGGAUUCAGGAGAAAACAAAUCAAUUGAGCAGUUGGCUGCCCCCCACACAACACAGCACCUCCCUCAGACAAGUACGGUGCAAACGAAUGGAAAUGUAAAGAUGCGCCAGUCGCCUGGUCGAAAACCUGGAGCGUUGGGUAAAACAUCUUUGAAGGAGAAAAAGAACGGCAAGCGAUCAUACAAACAACAUGCGUCUGAAGAACACGAGCAUCCUUCAGCUCCGAAGUCACCAUUUCCGGAAAAUAGGGAAGAUUCGUUUAAGCAGAGUGCAAACAUGUCAAGCACGCCAAAUGGUGCUCAACAUAUGGCGGCGAUUUCACCGUCGUCUCCUUUACUUACGACCGUAAAACUAGAAGCAGACUGUGAAAUAAAAAAGGAGGACACCACAGAGGACGUGAAACCACCGAAGCAAAAGAUCGUUCCUCCCACGGUACCGGGGGCGCUAGCCAUGCCGAUCAAGCGGCCAAAGAUCAAGGAAUGGCACGCACCAGGCUCCUAUAUGUUUGAUUUGAAAGAUCCAGAUGACGAAUCAGACGACGACGUGUUCGACGAGCAUCCGAAUACACUUUCGUUUUGGUACGAGGAAUCGAUAGCAAUCACAGUGCCGGAAAGUUCGUCGAGCUGGCCCAUGAAUCCGAUGCAGUCGAGAAAUACGUCGUCUAGCUACGGUGGAGCUCGAGGGGGUAAAAGUAAAUCCCACGGCCGAACGAAUAACGCAUCGUUUCAAGUUCGUAUGCUGACGCGCGAUGAGCGGCUUGAGCUGAGAAAAACCUACCUACAGCGACGAGCGGUCCAGCACUGUAAUGGACUGCGGAUAAGAAACGCACACGUGUUCAGCGCGAAGAAACGACUUGCAGCAAUGGAAGCUAUGGUCAGCAAACUGGAGAGGCGGCGGCAGUUGACGCUUAGCAAGGAAAGUGAGAAAUCCAUUUGCAUUCAUUCGGGGUGUACUAAAUCGGCUCUGGUGCUGGCGUCACAUUGUUAUGACCACAUCACUGAGAAUACGGAGCAGUGUUUGUUUCAGCGAUGCACGGCAAAGUUUUCCGACAACAGCCAGUGUCGCGUGCCAGUGUUCGAUGUUAGUCACGAGUUGGUCCUUUGCAAGGAGCAUGCUUGGAAGCACGAUAAUCAUGACAAGAUGUCGCAGGAAGUAAAAUUGCAGAAGAAACCGCCGGCAGUCACUGCGGUCAGCACUAUGUCGACGGUGCCGACAGUAGCGAAUUUGUCAGCGAUAGCGCGCAAAAAACUGAAACCUGGCCAGCCGUCAGAGGUGGGUCGAUCACAAAAGCGAACUAAGAAGAAGAAAAAACUGACUCCCCUACAACAACAGAUGCUGAUGCAUCAGCAGCAGUACAAGCAGCAGUUCGUGAUUCACCACCAUUCGAGCCAAAACAAUCAACAGCAGAGCAAAGCUGCUGUUUCUGCUUCAAUUGCAAAUCGAUCGCCACAGAAGAACAUGCAGCAGCCACAACCACUUCAGAAAUCGCUGCUUAACCCGUCGUACUGUAACAAUAAACUACCAGAACAAGGCAAGACAGGAACAUUAUUGCAAAAAUCAACACCCAUUACCUGCUCACAGCGGCAAAAUCUGACCAAUGGCACGAAGAGUACCGCUAAAGUCGUCCUCAAUACGAGUGCCUCCAGCAUUGGCCCGCAAGGGCAACGAAAUGUGCACACUCCUCUGCCAAUUGGUAACAAUCGGGCUGCUGGUGGAGUGACUUCAUCACUGGUCUUCCGAGGUCAGCAUAAAAGCUCCACCGUGCAGAUCGCAAAUCAACCACAACAGGAGCGUGAGCAAGAGCCACCGCAAAAACAGCAACAACAGCUGUCCCAGUAUGCUAAUGGAGCGCAGGUUGUUCAACCGACUCACAAUAAUUCAUCGAGCACGCAGGAUAUGUUAACAAUUUGUGAGAACAGUUCAGCGUACGCUAGCUCUGAGGACACAGGUGUCGGUGGUUUGUCGGAGUCGGAACUGAUGGCAACACAAGACGUUAUUGAGGAGAUUAUACCAUUUGAGUUUAGCAAUCUGCUGCAUCAAAACGUGCUCAGUCACUUGCCUCAGGAAGCGUUGAACGAACUUUUAUUUCUUGGCGGAGUGCCGGCUGAGGAAGAAACGGGCGACUCGCACGAAGGUUGUACACGUGAGGUAGAGGCCGAUAUCGAGCGUGCCCUAGAGCAUGUGAAAUCGCUCGACGAUAUGACGGUGGAACCAAGCAGCUUAUUGGGUGAUUUUCUCGACAACGUAGAUGAUGAAAUGUUGGACGGAUCGGAUAUUUGUAGCAACGAGCAGAUGCUCCAAUCAUCAAACAAAACGAAUGACAUUCGUGGUAUGGUGCAUACGUAA